AUGGCUCGCAAAACGCCCAAGAAGCGUGGUACGACCCGCCAGCCUGUAAAGCGUCCGGAAUAUCCUUGCCCAGUGUGCAUCGAUCGAACAUUCAAAACAGAACAAGGCUUCAACGACCAUGUCAAGUUUGUACACAACAUCUUCUCAUGUCCGAAGUGUGACGAACUCUUUGCGGCUGAGGAUGACUUGAUUCGACACAGAAACGGCGCGCGCCAUGGGAAGCCGGCAUUCGGGGGCAAAGUGAAAUCGGCUUUCUCUGCUUCCGUGUCUGAGACUGAAUAUACUUCUUCAAUGCAGAUGCCGAUGCGGGUCCAUCAACAGUCGUCGCAGGCCCGUCCUUCCAUUGGCCAGAAUCGUGAACCACCUACCGAUGCCCGUUUUGAUGCACCUGCGAAAGCCCGUGGUCAAUCCCCCGCUCAGGGACAUCAGCAAUCCGCAGAUCAGGUCCGUCAAACACACGGCCAGGUUGUCCAACCGCAAACUCAUGUUCUUUCACCACAACCUCACAUCUCCCGCUCACAAGCGAAUAUCGUUGAAUCCCAGCCCUACCUCCAUCCAUCCGGAUAUCAAGUCUUCCGUCACCAAUUCCCCGCUCAGGGACAUCAGCAAUCCGCAGAUCAGGUCCAUCAAACACAUGGCCAGGUUGCUCACUCCCCAGCUCAAGUUCUUUCACCACAAACUCACGUCUUUCGAUCACAAGUGAAUGUCGAUGAAUCCCAGCCCUACCUCGAUCCGUCAGAAUAUCAAGUCUUUCCAGUACCAACUCCAGUUAGUGACCGACAAACUCAGCUUUCUCAAAUCCAAGCUGAAAUUCGAAGUGAAAUUGAGCACGCAGCUGCCCACGCACAUCGAACACAGGCUCGGAUGUCUCCACCACCAGUGCAGGUUUUUCAAACACCCUCUGAGGUCUAUGAGAGACGACCUCGGGUUUACCACGCACCUGCUCAGGGCUACCGAGGAUUUGCUCAGGGCUCUCAGCCCCAGUUGCACUCUCACUAUUCCUCGACACAAGGCCCCCAGUCUUUCGAACGGGCCUCUGUGUCUUCAGGACGGUCGUCUCAGGCUUCUGGACGGGCGAGUCAGUCUCUUCGACAUAAUACCCAGGCACCCCCGCAGUAUCCUCACCUUCCAGCACACCACUCUCGUCCCCCAGUUCAAAACUCAGAGUCCCGUGAAGAAGACUCUCACUUCCACAUGCAACACUCUCAGAUUCAAAUUCAAAUCCAAAAUCUUCAGUCUCCACUCUCCACAACCCCCCUUCAACACUCUCAGUCACAGAUGCAUCACUCUCAAAAUGAAAUGCAAGUCCGCCAGCCUCCAGCGCAGACCUCCUCAACCCCCCUGCAAGACCCCGCCCAAGCAGAGCAACUUCCCUCACCACCAACGCACCUAUCCGCCAAGCAUACCACAACAGCCGAGGCAAACGACACGGUCACACCCGCCGCGACAGCAACGAACACCACAUCCUCCUCCAUGCAGCCAGAACCAUCCACACAAAGCCUGUCAUUGAUCUAUGAUGGGUCGCGACACCGCUGGACAAAUCUCGAUCCGCUCGAACAAACCUUACUCCACAAAUACGUCCUGGGAAGGUGCCACCCAGUCCAGCGCCUGCGUCAUCAAGGCUACCACAUCCCGCAAAACACCGACACAACCACCUGUCUGAAUAAAGGGGAACCACAUCAAACCCACAACUUCGCGUGCGGCUCAAUGCGCCUUAAGGCGAUCGUCAUAAAUUGCGAAACGAUCAAUACCACAAAAUCAACGGCGGAGCUAGCUUUCAUUGUCGCGAUCGACUUCCUCACCGGUGAAGUCCUGAUCAACAGCUACGUCGCGCCAACAGCGACUGUGACAAACUGGAUGACUCCCGUGAGCGGGAUCACGCAAGAAAAGAUGGAUGCGGCUGUCUUUGAAGGCAAAGCCUUCCGAUCGAACCGCGACGCGCGCAACGCGCUGAACGGGUUUCUCGAUCGUGACACCGUGUUGAUUGGUCAUGCUCUCCACCAUGACCUGCGGACUCUGGGCUUGAGCCACGGCCGGAUUGUGGAUACCGCGCUGGUCACUGCUGAGGCGGUAUUCCCUAACUUUUCAUCGAAAAGUGUGUUGCCGCGGAUUUGGCAACUGGGGCAGUUGGCGCGUGAAAUGCUGGAUCUUCAGAUCCAAAAGCGUGGUGAGGGACGUAGCUCCCUUGAGAAUGCUUUGGCGAUCAGGGAGGUUUUGAUUUGGUGUCUGCGUUCGCCUGAGUGCCUUCGGGCCUGGGCUGAAAAGACUCGUAGUCAAAACGAGCAUAUUCGGCAGCAGAGGAAGCGGGAUGCUGCCAAUGCCGCGAAAUAG